AGAGUGCAUUUGUGAAGAAACCCAUCUCAUUAUCUUCACCCAAAAGAAGGGAAAAACAAUUGAUCUUUCUGGAUAUGUGAAGCGAUUACUUUUAAUGCUCAAGAUAUUAUGAUCUUUUCACGAGUGUAUCGAAUUCUUAUUCACUUUAGUGUCUGCACAAGUCAUUGAGAAAGAUAACGGUGACAUAAAACUGUUUCUAUUUGCUUGGAAGCUAAUUCUUGGAAGAUUCAUUAGGGAAGAAAUUUUCCUAAUCUGGAGAAAGAGAAUUUAUUUUCCCAAUCAUGGUGAGGAAUGACGACCAUUUUCCGGAUGGUGCAAUCCCAGCUGAAAUUGCAGUGAAUUUGAAUGAGUUUUUGCCUGAAUUUGAUGAUCUUAAUUUUGAGGAGCUCCUUAACUACCAGGAAUGUGUUUAUCAAUCACUUCAAGGAUACGGUAGGAGCAACGAUAGGAGGUCUUAUACUGGCCAAAGCAGUAAUUCGAGUCAACUCUCAGGGCAUGAAGGUCAAUCUUCAACCCAUGGAAGUUUAGAUUUACAACUGGCUUUGGAUGAAGCUUUGGCUAGAUCUUUGCAAUUGGAGGACAAUUUUGAUGAUUUUAACAUAUCUCAAUCCACUAGUACUGCCACAGGGAACAGAGAAGUUAGUUCUAGAGAAACUCCUGCCACGCCUGUGAAUCGAAAUGUGACGCAAGAUGAUAUAGAUCCAGAUAAUAUGACUUAUGAGCAAUUGCGAUCCUUGGAGGAAUCUGUUGGUUCUGAGAGUACUGGACUGUCAAAAGAGCUCAUCUCCAGAUUACCAAAUUUCAAGUACAAAGUGGGGAUGUUUUCCAAGAAAAAGGAAAAACAAGAAUGUGUGAUAUGCUGCAUGAUGUACAAAAAUGGCGAAAAAUUGAUUGCUUUGCCUUGUGCACACCAGUAUCAUUCAAAAUGUAUUACUAGCUGGUUGAAGCUCCGCAAACUCUGCCCUGUUUGCCAAGAGGAGGUGUGUGAAGACUAAUCCAAGGAAGCUGGCAUUGGAAUGAUCACAGCCACUGGUUCUUAAUAAGCUUUAUACAUAUUGGUUUUUUAUAUUUUUGUAAGUAGUCUGAAGUUAUCACUCCUUGUGGGAGUACUGAACUUUUGUUGAAGUUAUUUACAUGCAAAGAAGUUUCUUAUAUUCGUUUUUGGAAUAGAAAAAGUAUAAUUUGACUGUCCCCUUCCUCAUGAA